AUGCUAUUGAAGAUGGGAAAGGCUAUACGUGGAGUUUCUUUUACCACACGUAUAGCAACAGAAUGCUCUUCAAUAGCAUUAGGUAUUGGAGCCUAUGCUGUAUUUUUUCUCCCUGGAACUUUUCAUUUGGUUGGUGCUUCAAGUUUAAUGCAGAGGAGAAGCCUUGGAAAAUUUUUUCUUCUGGCGUCGACCGUUAUUCUGGCAAUUCAUUUCGGUGUUCAUCUAACAAUUUCCGCUCGUCAUCGUCAGACGCAAGAACUGAUGUUGUUCUUAUUCCGUAUCCUGGCUGAUGGUAUUAUGUUUUUUUGUGGCUGUGCAAUUGUAUUGGGUCCAGUAUGCCGCAUUUUUCAAUGCUUUUGGAGUUCAAAACAUCAUAGGCAGAGUGACACCUUACGCGUUUGUACCCUGCCAUUUUGGAGGGUGCGGGUUGUGGUGGGUAUUUUUCUGACGUUUAUGCUUCUUAUACUGAUCGUUCCAUUGUUUCUUCCAGGUGAUGGGAAGCGUCUCUUGGAAGUUGGGAUGCUCGGGGACCGUGUCGAUUUUUGCGGACUCGAGGGUUUAAAGUUAUCGCGUGCUGCCGCAGUAGGGUGGGUGAUUCCAGAAUACACCCAUCGCCGACUGCUUAACGCGUUUGGCGGCAGUGAUCAAUGUGGCACGAACAGGAUCCUCUUUUUGGACGACGAAGAGGAAGUCUUGAUUGUCUCUCCGCUUUGCCCAGACGGUAGCAGGCAAGUGAGGGUGUACGUUGAAUUCCCAGAGCGCAGUGAAUUAAAUGGGGGGACAGAGGUUCUCCCUAAGGUGGUUAACAUAAGCAAGAAAUGGCAUCAAACCUUGGAAAAACGGUAUGGGAUGAACGAGACAGUUCACCAAUCGAUGGGUGUUCACGUUACCCGUGGCCCAACAGGGGUGAUUCAGUCUGUGGAGAUUAUUCCUUCUCGACUAGUUCCGGUUCUACGGAAACCUCGAACUGAACAUGAAAGAAUUGCACGUGCAGGCUGGCCCUCUAACGAGGUUUGGGUUAUUCCACUGGGAGAAAGCGGGGCCUACACUGCUUAUUGCUCUGCCUCAGACCACGAGGAAUACCAGAUCUUUCCACCCGUCCGGCAUUCCACAAGGCUUCAAGGAGAGGCGGGAGAGAAAAAGGGGCAGGAAGAAGCUCAUCCCCCAGCCAGUGUUCUUCUUUUGGUGUUGGAUGCCGUGAGCCGUCAGGAAGUACGGCGGUCUUUACCAAAGUUUAGCAAUUGGCUCCGUAACUUCCGAAGCAACAGAUCGAGUAAACAUGUCUUUGUGGAGGCGCAGGGUGCUACAACAAUAUCCCAUAGCACGGAAGCCAAUCUUGUUCCCCUUUUCACUGGCAACAUUGUGAGCCGUCUGCGUGGCAUAAGACGUGGGGUUGCGGAAGCAAGUCUCUUCCGGUUAGCGAAAAGAAAGUAUGGUAGCCGACUCAGUACCUCCUAUACCGUUGGAGACUGCAUGGACAUGAUGUCGUCGCUCUUCGGUGAGAGAGACGACAAUGCCGGGUUUGGUGAACCGUACGGCAAUGACUUGGACUACUACACAUUUGGGCCGUUUUGCCACAUUCAGUAUUCGGCGCUGGAGGGUAAUUUUCAAGGGCCUAACAGCAUCUUUCGACGAUGCAUCGGUCAGCAGUACGUACACGAGUACGUUUUGAAUUACACACGUGCUCUCGUCAGGCGACGGUUGCGACAACGACGACGAGAAGAAGAAAAGAAGAAAACUAAGAGGAUGAACCCGUUGCAAAACGACUCUUUACCUUUGCACGAUGAUGCUGUUUUCUUUUUUGAUGUGUUGCACCUGCUUGAGGGCCACGAGGGCACACAUGGUGUGCUGUACCUCGUGGAUGACGCCCUCGUUGCCUUCCUCGACGAGCUUCAAAAUAGUGUUGGCUUUUUCGACGACCCGUCCAAUGCCCUGCUGCUACUUUCUGAUCACGGUAAUCAUAUGGGGCCUUACUACGAAUUAACGGCACCUGGGAAGCUGGAACGCGCACUGCCGUUUGUAAGCAUGAUUUUGCAUCACGAGUUGCUGUCCCGCAUGGAUCGGAUAAAGGGGUACGCGGCGGGGGUUACGCUUUCGAACCUGAUGCAGCGAACACGCCGCAUCUCAACCACGUUGGACCUUCACAUGACACUUGCGGACCUGUUGGGUGUGGAGGCAAAGAUCCCUAAAUCGCUGGAGGGCUUGGGCGUCCUGCCGUCAUCGCUCUUCAACGCACGUGAUGUUCCGCGAGGGAUUGAGCGAUGCUCCGACCUCGGGGCAUUGAAUAGCAAGGGAUCCGGGUGCUACCUGAUGUGGUGCGACAGGAAAUGA